AUGUCGAACCUUCUUCAUUCAGACGUUGUUCACCUCAAAGACGUCCAACAACCACUCAAAAUCUUUACAGUAUGGGAGAGGAACCGUCACCGGUCUCUUCACUGGCUAGUGGAAUGUUUUGCUGAAUUCCUAGGCGUAUUCUUCUACGUAUAUGCCGGAGUAGGCUCGCAGGUUGUGUUCGUCCUUGGCAAUAUCUUGAAAUUGGACGGCCUCAGUUCGGUAUUUCAGAUCGGCGCCGCCUAUGCCUCUGGAAUCAUCCUCGCAAUCGUCAUCUGUGGUGGUACAUCUGGCGGUCACUUUAACCCAUGCGUAACGAUCGCGUUCAUGAGCUUCAAGGGUUUCCCACCUCUGAAGGGAUUAAGGUACAUCCUUGCACAGAUCAUAGGCGCAUACAUCGCCUGCCUUCUCAUCUACGCACAAUAUUCGGACUUGAUACACUUGGCAGAAGAGGGAUUGGAAAAGGCUGGUGUAUUGGACACUAUUAUGUUUACGCCCAAUGGUCCCGCAGGUGCCUUUGGACUGUAUGUACUCCCGGGAACUAAUCUAGUAAAGGCGUUCCUGAAUGAAUUUAUUACGGAUAUCAUGCUCGCCCUCGUCAUCUUUGGAUGCCUUGACCCUACGAAUCCCUUUACCACACCAUCGUUCGCCACAGUCGUAGUCGCUUUGGCAUACGCCGUUGCAAUCUGGGGCUACUCCGUUCCCGGGCUUGCGGCGAACUCCGCUCGUGAUAUUGGGGGGCGACUUGCCGCCCUCACCAUUUGGGGACCGAAAGCUGCUGGUGGAAAUUGGGCUGCGAUUACAGCCCUAACUAAUAUCCUAUCAACGAUGGUCGCGUUCAUCAUUCAUGAACUAUUCCUCGCCGAUUACGCAAGAGGCAAGUGGUCGUCCAUACCUCGGGUACAACGAGAGUUCAUAAUGCUUCAUGCGAAUCAUGCACAUAAUACCGAUGGACAGACCAGGACAGGAAUGUCGACAUCUUCUGAUACUGAUUCUCAACGUGAUAAGGAGAAGACGGGAUUACGAGAGAUUCACAACCUCUCUGUCUGA